AUUUCCACUUUUUGUUGACAGGAAGUGCUUCUACUGAAACUAAAAAACAUCCUCUAAAAUCGAUUUAGAGUCUUAAGAACAGUGUUGAAAGUUUUUCGGCCUUCAAAAAUGCAAGCCUAUAUUUGGGGUCUGGUGUUCCUUUCUGUUAGCUUGUCUUUAGCUACUUCAAUAGCAGUUAACCAAUGCACAUCCAACCCAUGCAUCAACAAUGCUGUUUGUUCCUCCCUGGCUGCUGGUUAUGAAUGCAUUUGCUCUGGUGCUUAUAUCGGUAGAGACUGCUCCAAGAUAAGUUGCAAAAAGGCCACGACUGUGGCGGAUAUCCUUUUGGUUCUUGAUGAAUCUGGGACGGUUUCCCGAACUGAAUACAAAGAUGCAACAAACUGGAUUGCUCAAGUGUUGACUGCUUUCAAAAGCAACCUGGAAGCUGGUGGAAUUCACAUGGGGUUGAUUGGGUUUAGUUUUGCCGGAGAUCAGACUAAAGUUAAGAUCCCACUUUCCACUGCAGUAUAUGAUACUUUGAAAACCCAAAUAAACAAUCUCGAAAAAACAACUCAACAUGGACCAACAUACAUUGGAUAUGCAAUAAACGUGGCAGUGGAACACUUCAGUUCUAAUGGCCGUAAUGGAGUUCCAAAGACUAUGAUACUCUUAACUGAUGGUAGGGCAACUGAUUCAGAAGCAAUAAGUCCAGCUGUGAAAAAAGCCGUGGCUGCAGGUAUAACUAUAAUAUCUGUUGGUAUUGGCACCCAGUAUAACUCUGACCAACUUCUCCAAAUUGCGCGAGACCCCUCCCGUGUAAUAAUAGCCAACAGCUUCGAAGAUCUUAACCUAACCCUUCCAAGCGUUAUAAAUACAAUUGAAAAAACUACAGAUAUCUGUCCAGUGAAUCCAUGCAAAAAUGGAGCAACAUAUGUAGGCACAUCUACAGGCUACAGAUGUAUCUGUACACCAGGAUACACAUGGUGAUACCUGCUCGAAUAAAAUAGGUUGCAAGGACCAACCAUGCAAAAAUGGUGGCGCAUGCAUUGACACAGAUACUAGCUAUGAAUGUACCUGCCCUACCAACUACUUUGGAUUCAACUGUGACAAAAUCGACAACUGCCCAGUGAACCCAUGUAAAAAUGGAGCAACGUAUGUGAGCAAACUUACAGGCUACAGAUGUAUCUGUACACCAGGGUAUAGUGGCGUUAACUGCUCAGAGGAAAAAGUUUGCCCAGUGUUUAAAGCUGACAUAAUGUUUGUACUUGAUGAGUCAAUUAGUGUGAGUAAUACUGAGUAUAAACAGAGCCUUACAUGGAUUAACAAUGUGCUGGCCCCGUUUAAGUUAGAUAUUGACGCAGACAAUGUAAGAGUUGGAGUUGUUGGAUUUAGUAAUAAAGACUAUUCCGAUACUUCUGUCAGGAUUCCUCUACAAAAACAAAGUGCUUCAACUUUGACAGGCUCCAUCACAGAAUUGAUCAAUACAAGGAAAAGAGGUUCCACCUACAUUGGUUUUGGUAUCACUAUUGCCGGUUAUGAAUUAAUGGAUAAACAACGCAAAGAUAUUCCUAAUAUUAUGAUUGUAAUAACUGAUGGGGUGGCUACUGACGCAACUACUGAUAUUGAAAGCGCUGUAAAAGAUGCUGGGAAGCUUGGGGCGAAAAU